AUGACGUCAAAAAUACUGAAAAAUGCAAAACAGGAGGCCAAAUCGGGAAAAAGAAAGAAUUCGGAAGACGGAGAAGUGAAGCCAAAAACAAAAAAGCGCGUAUAUGCUGGUGAGAGUAAACAACAAGAAGCGUCUAGGACAACCGUCGGUGAAGAGGUCCUUGCUGCGGCUGAAGGAAGUCAAAAAUAUUUGGGAGUACAUGUGAGUGGAGCUGGCAGCCUUGAACAAGCUAUUUACAACGCGCGUGCUAUCGGUUGUCGCGCUUUUGCAUUUUUUGUUCGUAACGGUCGAACAUGGAAUAUCAAUCCAUUGGAAAAGGAAGUUAUCACCCGCUGGCACGAUACAAUCAAUGAAACUGGAUUCGAUCUAACGAAGAUUCUUCCUCACGGCUCGUACCUAAUUAAUCCCGGUUCAUUGAAGGAUGAGACCCUGGAAAAAUCACGUGCAGCAAUGCUUGAAGAAUGCAAACGAGCUGAAACAUUAGGAAUUGGUCUAUAUAAUUUUCAUCCAGGAUCAACAACGGGCCUUGGAACGCCAGAAGAAAGCUGUAAAGUGGUUGCCGAAACUAUUAACUAUAUUCACUCUAAUACAUCACAAAUCUGCCUUGUCAUUGAAACAAUGGCCGGACAGGGAGAUACAAUUGGCAGAUCCUUUGCCGAGAUCGCGGACAUGAUCAAAGAUGUGGAUGACAAGGAUCGUGUGGGAGUUUGCAUUGACACUUGCCACGUUUUUGCUGCUGGAUACGAAUUUAAUACAUCCACUGGUUACGACAAAAUGAUGGACGAAUUCGAGGAAAAGAUUGGUUUCAAAUAUCUGAAAGGCUUUCACAUUAACGACUCUAAAGAUGUUAAAGGAUGUUGCAAGGAUCGACAUGAACUGAUCGGAAAAGGACACAUUGGUGUAGAUGGAUUUCGACGUAUGAUGAAUGAUGAUCGUUUGAACAAUAUUCCACUUAUUCUUGAAACCCCAGAAAUUGGAGACAACUAUCCAAAGGAGAUGAUUCUACUUCAUGGAUUGGAAGACACGGUCAAAUCCUCCACUUCCGAAGACAAAGUUAAAACCAAGAAGCCAGCUAAAGUUUUGAAGGCUUCGAACAAGAUUAAAUCUGCUGAGGAAGUUGUUGAAAAAGAAGAGGAAGCUGACGGAGAUUCACCGACCAGCACUUCGGAAAAUCACAAAGAUGUUAAACCGAAAAAGAAAGCAAGGAGUGCUGCCAAGAAGAAAAGGGUU